AUGUGGUCAGAUGAAGAAGACGCUAGGUACUAUGAUGAUUAUAUAGAAAAUUAUAAGCCUAGUGCUGAGGAUUGUUUUGGUAGUGAUUAUGGUGAUUAUGAAAACUAUGAAGAUUAUGAAGAUUAUGAAGAUUAUGAAGAUUAUGAAGAUUAUGAAGAUUAUGAAGAUUAUGAAGAUUAUGAAGAAUAUGGAGAUUAUGAAGAUUAUGAAGAUUAUGAAGACUGUAAGUAUUGCGAAUCAGAAAAAGAAAUUUGUGCGAAAUACGCAUGGGCAUUGCAUCAAGAGAAAGAGGCGUUAGAUGAUGAAAGCCAUGCUAAGGUUUGUGAAAGUGUGAUGACUAGUGAGAAUAGAGUAAACAGAGAUGGAGGUAAAGAUAGAACUGAAGACUGUAUUGAUGAAGUGGUGGCUAGAGAGAAGCGUAUGCACAAAAAAUUGCCCGCGAGAAAAUGGAGGAAUGGGAAAAAUGGCGGUAGAUUUGACGAAGCAUUGAAGAAGGAAGUCGUUAACAUGUUGAGGCUAUUUGAAAUUAAGAACGGAGGUUUUUGCAGGGAAAUUGAAGAAAAUUGAAGAAAGCUGAGGGAAAAUGAAGAAAAUGAAGAAAAUUGAAGAAAAUUUGUGUUUUUGAAAUAG